CGCACUUCGUCAUUUGCAGGCAGCAGCAGCAACUAAAACCACACCUUCCGGCGCGCACGCGUUCCUGCCAACCUCGUGUUUUAAAUGCUGCCCUGACUGCGCUCCCCUCUCCUUGUUCACUUCCAUCUUCUUGAUGCAGAGAGACUGCAGCAGCAAGUUCUCUCCUAGAAACCUUCAGAAGUUGCUGGUGGAAUUAGAGGCCGCUUGUGCGCUCUUUCCAGCCCUCACUGAUUGCCAUCAUGGAUUCCGAAAACGCCCCGACGCCGCAGGACAUCAUUGACAUAGGCCUCGAUGAUGAUUCGCCUUCGCUUCCCAUCGACCCUCAAUCUGCCUCCCCGCUCGUUCGCAUACCUCUAGAGGUGCUUGUGCGAGUGACACGCCACGUCUCCACGACGGACCUCGGCAACCUGCGCCUGUCGUGCAAGGCCGUCGAGAGGUCUUUGUGGAACUUCUUCUCGCUCGAGUUCUUCCGCAAGAAGCAGUUCAUGGUCUUUCCCGCCAGUCUCCAGGCCUUGGUUGACAUCUCCAAGCACCCCCAACUUUCGUCCGUCCUCAGCCAUGUCAUCAUUGCCACGGACCGCCUGAGGGACUCCGUUCCCAUGUCGGUGCGCGGUGGCGAGACGGGCCGCUUCCUAGAGGAUGCUCUGGCCGGCCACUAUGCCCUCAUAUCCACAGGCCUCCUUAAAGACAUGCUCGCCGACGCCUUCCGAAACCUCCCAAACUUAGAUAAAGUCGACAUUCGCGAUUUCAACUCUCCUACCCGCACUCGCGACGGCAGUGGCGCCUUCUGGCGAAGCUACGGCUCCGUUACCAUCGAGGCAGCCAUGACAAGGCCCAUGAUGCAUCACACAGAUGAGCCUUGCCGUCACCAAGACUACCCUUCACAAAUCUUCAUAGCCACCCUCGCCGCCUUGGCAGCUGCUAAAGCUCGACCCAGAGCCAUCGAGACACUGCUCAGAUGGACCGAGUGGGGUCUCGACAAUACUGCCUUCUACAUCUCGCCGUAUAUCGAACCCUCGCUCAAACCAGUCCUGGCCGGCCUGUCGGUUUUGCACCUGUGCCCAACGUUCGACGGGCACUCGGCUACGUCGUACCUACUACAGCGGUUCCUGACGCUGACCCCGAACCUCACAUGGCUUCGCCUCAACUUCCAGCACAAGAACGAGAGAGCUGUCGGGUUCCUUGACUGGCUUGGAUCCUCGGCGUCUCCUAACACCUCUGGAGAGAUCACGGCAUCCAAUGGAUCCAUCGCGACCUGCCCGCCAAUCAAACUCGAAUUCCUCGAGGUUAUCGACCUGGGAUCGCUGCAGACUACCGCUGACGCCGUCCUCAAGCUCGUAGCCAAGUUUGUAUCGUCGCUGACGGGCCUGAGCUUUCGUCGGGUGACGCUGAUCGGCAGGACCUCAAACAACAAACCGGACGAGGUCAGCCCCUGGACCGCCUUUCUAGAAGGCCUGGCUAGCCUGGACGGCGCCAACCUCCGCAAGCUACAGAUGAGCGUGGUCGACCAGUGCACGCAGACCAGGAUGCCUGUGAUUCCAGUCUUCUUCGAAUCGUCACAGAUGAAAGCCCGGGACCGAGUCUUCAAAACAAGCUUGACGGCCGAGCUCGUCGCCGCGGCCCUGGAGGAAAUGGGACGGGGCACCAAGUGGCCUGGCCCGAUUGCCGCUGCCGCCAAAUCAAACCGUAAUACUGUCGGCAACGGCCACGACGGCGUCAAUUCCGACGACGACGCCGACGGCAGUGACAGCGAUGAGGAAAUGUUGCUUGAGGCUUGAGGGUUUUAACUUGAGCCCUGAGAUAAACUUGGAGCGCCUAAUUAAUCAACGGAAAUAGUCUUGAUUUCUUUACUCAAGGCAUUAAGGUUCUAACUUGAGGCCUGGGACUGAACUUGGAGCCCUAAGUCGGGUGGGGGACUUUUGGAACACCCCUGCCUAUGGAACAGCCCCUGAACCGGACCCCGCACAACACCACAAACUUCAAUUGCCA